AUGCAAGUUGAACAAGACAGUCAUAUAUCAUUCAUUGGCCUUGGCAACAUGGGCCGGGGAAUGUGCCGCAACCUAGUUUGCAAUCAUCUAUGGACUCCUCAGAGAGUCAACAAGAUGCCACUUACCGUUUUUAAUCGCACGAUUUCUCGAGCAGAAGCCCUCCAAGCUGAGAUGCCUGAUGGUAGUGUUCAAAUCGCUAGUUCCAUUCACGAGGCUGUGAAAUGCUCCGAUAUCAUUAUUACUUGCUUAAGCGAUGAUGACGCGGUCCAGCAAGUGCUUGAUGAAGCAUUAGGGAGUACACCUGUGGGCAAGUUAUUCGUGGAAUGCUCCACUAUUCAUCCACUUAGAACACAGGCCUUAUGCAAUCAAGUCUUACAAGCGAAUGCUCGCUUCGUUGCUUGCCCGGUUUUCGGAGCACCCGAUCGUGCCGAUAAAGGACAGCUAGUCGGUGUUGUAGCCGGCCCACGGUCGGAUAUUGACUACGUCAAGCCUUGGUUUGAUGGGGUAAUAGGGAGAGCAGUCAUUGAUCUGGGUAAUCAUCCAACCCAGCUGGCCACCACGUUGAAAGUCAUUGGCAAUUCAUUCAUCUUCAAUAUGGUUGAGGCUGUGGCAGAAGGCCAUGUGUUGGCUGAAAAAACCGGUCUAGGGGGCGAUGCGCUGCACGAGUACUUGACACUGUUCUUUCCGGGGGUGUAUGCGUCAUAUUCUUCAAGAAUCAUGAAGGGGGAUUACUGGAACCGGGAGGAGCCACUGUUCCUUGCAAGCUUAGCCAGAAAGGAUGCUAGACAUGCGAUGAGCCUCGCGCAGGCUGUGGGUACACUACUGCCCGCGCUGGAGAUAGCCGAUCGCAAUCUGGCUAAGGUGGUUGAGCGGAAGGGCGAUAAAGGCGAUUACGUGGGCAUCUAUGGCGUGCUGCGACAGGAAGCAGGGCUAAAGUACGAGAACUGA